GACUUUAAUUUUCCUUUUUAAGAAAUAAGAAAAUUAACACACUUGGUUAUGAAUUAUAUGAUGGAGACAGUUUCAGAAAACAACAAAAUGUUGCCCGUUCGUUUAUAUUCUCCUCCCUCGCUCAGUCACUCCCUCAGUCCUCUCUGUCUCUCUAACGAGAUUUGGUCGUACAUUUGCUAAACGACGAUGAUUUCAAAUGAACAGUUUGAUUAUCCCAAGUUUCUGCUAAAAUAAUUGCACGCCAAAGAGAAAAGUACAUGAAAAAUGACUUUGACCCCGACUCUGAGACUGGCAAGGUAGCUAUACACUACUCUGACUUGGUCUCGUUUCUGCUUUUGAUUAAUUUGUUCAAGUCGAUCUAAUCAUUAACUAAUGAAACAGAAACUUGUUUCUUAUGAUCUCUAGAGAGACAGCCGGCAAACUCUACUAAAUCAGCGCAAUAUUUAAUUACAGAAAGACCAAUUCAAUGAUCAUAGCCCUUGAAAUAUAUGCAGCUGACCAAAUACUCAUUAACCUUUUCCUAACCAGCGCUAUUAAAAUAUAGCAGCCCUUUCAUCUGUUUCUUCCUUAAUUCUAGUAUAAAUCUCUCUUCAUCUGCUAAACCUCUUUUCACUUCACGCUAGCUAUCAAAUAUCAGUUGCUUGCAUCUGAGUUCAAAACUUCAAAUCACAUUACGUACUAUUAGAUAUUCUUACUUGUUAAGAUCAUGAACUUCAGCAGCGUCGAAAAUCGUGGUAAACCAACUAGUUUUAUUGCAAGGCCGCAUUCACAGUUGCAGGGUCCUAGGCCUGCAGCUCUUACAGUGAGCAAGAAUUCGAAGAAGAUGAUGGCGAAAAAGAAAACGGACCCACAGAAUCCGGUUAUAGUGUAUCUGAUAUCGCCCAAGAUUAUUCAUGUACAACCUGAGGAGUUCAUGGGUCUGGUGCAACGCCUUACCGGAAAUCAUCAAGGACCGCGUAGGGUUAAUAAUAUUGUCGCUAAUUCCCAGUCUUGCUCUACUUCUAGAAAUUCUGGUGUGAGCCAAGGAGAUCAGUAUUUCAUGGAAAGCAGCCAACAGAAGCUGAUCAGCAGUAGAGCCAACUAUGAUGAUGUGCCCUUUGGAAUACCUACUGCAACACCUAAUUCCAACUUUACAGAGAUAUUUUAGCUAUUUAGAUGUACUACAUAUAUAUUGCCUGUCUUCAGAACAAUGUAGAAUAUAGAUUGCUUAAUAUCAAUAUAUGCUUAUAAUUA